AUGGUGCAAAUGUUACUGCCGUAUAUUGGAGGUGUGACCGUGUCAGAGACCCUGGUGGCCGCAACCACGCUUUGCCUGGUCUACCUGUUGCUCAAGUUCUUCCGAAACGACAUUCCCGUGGGGCUAAAGCGGCUCCCGGGUCCCGUGCCCUUGCCCAUCAUUGGCAAUGUGCUGGAAUUGGGUAAAAGACCCUACCUGAGCCUUACCGCUAUGAGCAAACGCUACGGCCCUGUGUUUAAGAUCAAGAUUGGCUCGCGUCCUGUCGUAGUGCUGAGCGGCAGCGAAACGGUGCGACAGGCGCUCAUUAAACAAGGUGAGGAGUUCUCAGGAAGGCCCGAUCUGUACUCCUUCCGAUUCAUCAGCGACGGCGAAAGCCUGGCCUUCAGCACGGACCAAAAGGACGUGUGGCGUACUCGUCGGAAGCUGGCCCUCAGUGCCCUACGUUCCUUCGCCACCCUGGAUGGCACCUCGUCGCAGUAUUCAUGCAUGCUAGAGGAGCACAUCUGCAAAGAGGGCGAGUAUCUGCUGAAGCAGAUCAAUAACGUCAUGAAGACCGACGGCAGCUUUGACCCCUUUCGCCACAUUGUCGUCUCCGUGGCCAACGUCAUCUGCGGGAUGUGCUUCGGCCGCCGCUACAACCACGACGACAAGGAGCUCUUGAGCCUGGUGAACCUCAGCGAUGAGUUCAGCCAGGUGGUGGGCAGCGGCAACCCUGCCGACUUCAUCCCGGUGCUCCAGUACCUGCCGAGCACCACCAUGAAGAUGUUUGUGAACAUCAACGAACGUUUCAACGCCUUUGUGGGGAAAAUUGUUACUGAACACUAUGCCACCUUCAAAAAGGACAACAUUCGGGACAUCACUGACUCCCUCAUUGACCACUGCGAGGACAGGAAGCUUGAUGAGAACUCCAAUGUCCAGGUGUCAGAUGGCAAAAUUGUAGGGAUCGUCAAUGAUCUCUUCGGAGCAGGUUUCGACACCGUUUCAACCGCCUUAUCCUGGUCAGUAAUGUACUUGGUGUCUUAUCCGGAGAUUCAGGAAAGGCUUUAUCAGGAGAUAAAGAACAAAGUGGGACUUCACCGCACCCCUCUUUUAUCAGACAAAGCCAACCUGCCAUUCCUUGAGGCUUUCAUCCUGGAAAUGUUUCGGCACUCAUCGUACCUGCCAUUCACCAUCCCCCACUGCACGACAAAGGACACAUCUCUGAAUGGCUUCUUCAUUCCUAAAGACACCUGCGUCUUCAUCAAUCAAUGGCAAAUCAACCAAGACCCGGAGCUCUGGAAGGAUCCGUCAUCUUUUAAUCCAGAACGCUUCCUUAGUGCCGAUGGCACCGAGCUCAACAAGCAGGAGGGCGAGAAGGUGAUGAGUUUUGGCCUAGGCAAGCGCCGUUGCAUCGGCGAGGUCAUUGCGCGCCAGGAAGUCUUCUUGUUCCUGGCCAUUAUAGUGCAAGGGCUGCACUUCUACGCAGUGCCCGGCAAUCCUUUGGACUUGACGCCUGAGUACGGCCUAACCAUGAAGCAUAAGCGCUGCAAGCUAGGAGCUACCGUUCGGCCGCUUGGCGUGCAGUGA